ACCUUGAGCAGGGGACCGGGGCCGGAGGCCGGAGGCGCCGCGUGAGACCCACUGACCCUCCGCUUACCAUCGCUAGCUAACCUUCCCUGGUGCCCGGGGCGAGCAGGAUUGGAGACAGAGGAGUCCACAAACAAUGGGUGACACAAAAGCAUCACUUGAUAUUAAAGAGUUCCCUGAUUCUGAGGUACAUCAGACACGCGUGCUAACCCUGCAAGAAUGGCAAGACAAGUGGGUGACCGGUAACACUACGUUUCAUCAAGAAAAAGGAAAUCAGCUAUUAAAGAAGCAUCUGGAGACAUUUCUUAAUGGCCAGAGUGGACUGAGGGUAUUUUUUCCUCUUUGUGGAAAAGCAGUUGAGAUGAAAUGGUUUGCAGACCGGGGUCACAAUGUCGUUGGUGUGGAAAUCAGUGAACUUGGGAUACGGGAAUUUUUUAAGGAGCAAAAUCUUUCUUACUCAGAAGAACAACUCGCCGAAAUACCUGGUGCCACAGUAUUUAAGAGUUCUUCGGGAAACAUUUCACUGUACUGUUGCAGCAUCUUUGACCUUCCCAGGGCAAAUAUUGGCCAAUUUGACAGGAUUUGGGAUAGAGGAGCAUUAGUCGCCAUCAAUCCAGAUGAUCGCAAACGUUAUACGGAUAUAAUACUGUCUCUCUUAAGAAAAGGGUUCCGCUACCUCCUGGCUGUUUUGUCUUAUGAUCCAACAAAACAUGCAGGUCCACCAUUUUAUGUUGCAGAUGCUGAAAUUAGAAGGCUGUUUGGGACAAAAUGCAGUAUUAGUUGCCUCGAGAAAGUUGAUGCUUUUGAAGAACGACAUAAACAUUGGGGAAUUGACUACAUUUUUGAAAAAUUAUAUCUGCUUACAGAAAAGUAAAGAUGAUAUAGAUGCAA